UAAAUUACAUCCUGUCAUGUGAUAGGAUACUCUAAAGGGGCAAAACAUCAACAUAGUAUCUUGUGACAUGUUUAAAUAGAGGUUUUAACUAUCCAUUAUCAAUUUCUAUGAACUUAUUCCACAAAUAUGCUGUUUGAUAAGUUCAGAUUUUGAGUUUCCAUUAAGAGUUAAAAAAAACACAGGAUUUGACAUACCUCUUAUUUGUAAGAGGAAGAGGUAAUGACAAAUACCAGGAAACAGGAAUGCCUUCUUACUUCAGACGAACUGCUUACUUUGUCAUACCUAUAGUGCUUAUUACUUAAAGGCACUUUUGUAUUGCUGGAACAGAACCUUUACUACUGGCUUUUAGGAUUUCAGAAACACUUUUGUUUCCAGAGAUAUACAACAGGAUAAUGGAUUUAAACAUCUCAGAACUGAGUGAUGAUUAUAAUUACAGCCAUUAUUAUGAUUAUGGAGAUGAACCAUUGGACGGCUUUGGACUUUGUGAAAAGGCACACGUCAAAGUAUUUGGAAGAAUUUUUCUACCCGUCUCUUACAUUAUCAUUUGCACCCUCAGCAUUAUAGUAAAUAUACUUUUUAUUUCAACUUUAAUCAAAUCCAAACAUCAUAGAAAAACAUUUCCUAUGAGUAUGGCGAUUUCUGAUAUGUUGUUUGCAUUAACACUCCCUUUUUGGGCAGUAUAUGCCCAUAAUGAAUGGAUAUUUGGCAAUGAUUCCUGCAAGACAGUUACUGCGAUUUACAUCACUACUUUGUACAGCAGUAUCCUGUUCAUCACUUGUAUAAGUGUGGAUAGGUAUUUAAGUGUAGUAUGGACUCUUUCCAACUGGAACCACUGUACACCUAUGGAAAACACCUUAGUGUGCUUUGUGGUGUGGAGCCUCUCCAUCUUAGCAGCAGCUCCACAUUGGACCUUCGUUCAGGAACAAGAGUUUCACGGCCAGAAGAUUUGCAUGUACCCUUUUGGAGAGGAAAAUCACUUGCCUCUGUGGAAGAUUCUCAUGAAGUUUCAGCUGAACGUCUUUGGGUUUCUCACACCUUUUCUGAUCAUGCUCUUCUGCUACCUGCGAGUCUGCUGUGCUGUAGCGAAGGUUAAAGUGGGACCGAGACGAAAGAGUCUGAAAUUGGUCAUGAUAGUUGUUGUGGUAUUUUUUGUGUUAUGGUUCCCGUACAACAUUGUGUCCUUUUUACACUCCUUGCAACACUUGCAUGUGAUUUCUAAUUGUGCCACAAGCCUACAUCUGGAUUUCGCCAUUCAGGUUACAGAGGUCAUUGCCUAUAGCCAUGGUUUUGUAAAUCCCAUUGUGUAUGCCUUUGUCAACAAGAGGAUUUGGAAGGGCUUUGCUAAGAUGUGUGGGGGGAAAUGCAGAAGAAGAACCAGUGAUGAGUAUGUGCUGGAGUGCUCCGAUAGUACAAAGUCCAUGUCAGUUCAGAGUGGAGUGAUAGAGUUACAAGCAGUUCAGAGCUACCUAGAGAAUAAUACUCAUCAAUCAAUAAACACAGAGCAGAGAUAAUCCUCCAUAAGAGUUGAAAUGGUUUUGCACAAAUAACUGUUUACAUUAGGACAUGUUAACUAUACCUGGGGAGUUAAUUGGAUUAUUUACUAUCACUCUCUAUUUACAGUGUGUUUGUGUCCUUCUAUUCCUUGUAUUCAUAUACAGUAUAUCAUUGUACAAAUAGGGGGGGUAUAUUGGCAAAAUACAUGACAAUAAAGAUGUUUAAUUUUU